ACCUUCAGCACCUGCACCCUGCACCCUGCACCCUGUCCCCUAUCCACACAUCUGCACCCUGUACCAGAUCCACACACCUGCACCCUGCACCCUGAGCCCUGUCACCUAUCCACACACCUGCACCCUGCACCCUGCACCCUGCGCCCUGUCACCUAUCCACACACCUGCACCCUGCACCCUGCACCCUGUCACCUAGCCACACACCUGCACCCUGUACUAGAUACACACACCUGCACCCUGCAGCCUGCACCCUGUCACCUAUCCACACACCUGCACCCUGCGCCUUGUCACCUAUCCACACACCUGCACCCUGCACCCUGCGCCCUGUCACCUAGCCACACACCUUCAUCCUGUACUAGAUACACACACCUGCACCCUGCACCCUGUCCCCUAUCCCAGAUACACACACCUGCACCCUGCAGCCUGCGCCCUGUCACCUAUCCACACACCUGCACCCUGUCCCAGAUACACACACCUGCACCCUGCAGCCUGUCCCCUAUCCCAGAUACACACACCUACACCCUGCAGCCUGCGCCCUGUCACCUAUCCACACACCUGCACCCUGCAGCCUGCGCCCUGUCCCCUAUCCACACACCUGCACCCUGCAGCCUGCGCCCUGUCCCCUAUCCACACAUCUGCACCCUGCACCCUGUGCCCUGUCACCUAUCCACACACCUGCACCCUGCAGCCUGCGCCCUGUCACCUAUCCACACACCUGCACCCUGCAGCCUGCGCCCUGUCCCCUAUCCACACAUCUGCACCCUGCACCCUGCGCCCUGUUCCAGAUGCACAUACCUGCACCCUGUCCCAGAUACACACCUGCACCCAGCAGCCUGCGCCCUGUCACCUAUCCACACACCUGCACCCUGCAGCCUGUCACCUAUCCGCACACCUGCACUCUGUCCCAGAUACACACACCUGCACCCUGCAGCCUGCGCCCUGUCACCUAUCCACACACAUGCACCCUGUCCCAGAUCCACACACCUGCACCCUGCACCCUGUCCCCUAUCCCAGAUACACACACCUGCACCCUGCAGCCUGCGCCCUGUCACCUAUCCACACACCUGCACCCUGUCCCAGAUACACACACCUGCACCCUGCAGCCUGUCCCCUAUCCCAGAUACACACACCUACACCCUGCAGCCUGCGCCCUGUCACCUAUCCACACACCUGCACCCUGCAGCCUGCGCCCUGUCCCCUAUCCACACACCUGCACCCUGCAGCCUGCGCCCUGUCCCCUAUCCACACAUCUGCACCCUGCACCCUGUGCCCUGUCACCUAUCCACACACCUGCACCCUGCAGCCUGCGCCCUGUCCCCUAUCCACACACCUGCACCCAGCAGCCUGCGCCCUGUCACCUAUCCACACACAUGCACCCUGUCCCAGAUCCACACACCUGCACCCUGCACCCUGUCACCUAUCCACACACCUGCACUCUGUCCCAGAUACACACACCUGCACCCUGCAGCCUGCGACCUGUCCCCUAUCCACACACAUGCACCCUGUCCCAGAUCCACACACCUGCACCCUGCAGACUGCGCCCUGCCCCCUAUCCACACACCUGCACUCUGCACUCUGCGCCGUGUUCACACACCAGCAACAGUGCAGCCGUCUGCUUUGCUUGCUGUAGCCCAAUGACAAACCUUUCCACUAGGAGUCUUUCUCAGUUAUUAGUUUUAGUACUGCUUCAAUGUAAGGGGGACAUUUCCCUCCUGUGUAAAUUGCGCCUAUGCAUAUCACAGUAAUAUAUUAAUCCACAUACCCCACAUUUUGUAUUCCUAAAUCAUCUGGGGGAAUACAUACAGUAAAAGCACAAGGUUUAUAUUUGAAGGGGGAAAGGGAAUUUAAGGGGGAAGAUCAGUAAAACUGAACCAGGUGUUGCACAGGCUCUCUGAUGCAGUUUGGGGUGUAUCCUGAACCACCACCCACAAUUUGCUUUCAUGCUUUAAGUAACUUUUGACUUUUUGUAAUUACUUUUUAAAAGUUUGUUUUGCAUAUUACUACAGGUACUGCAAUACAGUAUGCUAUUCUUUUUGACUGACUUAUAACUAAUAAUCAAAUCUUUCUGGUUUCAGAACAAUGAUUGCAGACCAGAGAAUGUCUGCCUUAACAAAUAUGGGCCCUCAUUGUUGAGAACGGGUUCCCCCAUUACAAUUCCAAGCAGAAUGUUUAGAAUGCAUGCUCCAGUGUUGACUGGAAAUGAAGGCGAGUGUAGUUUUAAAAUCGCUUUCCUUAUAUUAGCUUCAGUGUUAUCACUGCCCCCCUUAUCAUUGUGUAGUUGAACUUUUCACUUCUCAUGCGUUUUUAUCAAAAGCCUGUGAAGCACCAUAUACUGUCCUCCAUGGCCAGGGGUGCAGGGAAAGCUUGAUUGAAGCUAAUUAAGCACUGGACAGGGUUUUUUAUUUUUAUUUGAUAAAACAAAUAUAAUAAGAAACAUGAUUUAUUAAGUUGUUGGAAACCUGUGGAAACUUAACCUACAAUAAAAUACACUGUGUUUUGUUUAUAA